CCUAUAAAAGCUUGUUCCUCCUUUUGCAGCAUAAAUCCUGAAAGCUUCAGCUGAUGACCGAAAGGAACUUGGCUGGCCGAGAAUGGGAAUGCUUCAGAAUCUGCUUCUCCUGACCAUCCUGGCCCUCCCAACAGGUGCUUUAAUUUGCACAACUCGUUGGUUCGACCGGGAUGACCCUUCAGGAGUGGGCGACUUUGAAACUGUCUUUGACCUGAGGAAAGAAUAUCCCGGUGAGAUUUGCCUUCAGCCCACUGGAAUUGAAGCUCAGACCCUGGAGGGCAUGCCGGCAUCUAGCACCGGACAGAUCUUUCAUCCAUUUAACCCUGAAGAAGGAUUUGCUUGUGUCAGUAAAGAACAGCAUGAUGGUUUUUGCUGGGAUUACAAAGUCCGCUUCACCUGCCCUUUGGACUUCUGCUCAGGAUGCACAACUCGUUGGUUUGAUCGGGACAAUCCCUCGGGAAAGGGAGACUAUGAACUCUUGGUCGAUCUGCGGAGCAAAUAUCCGGACCAGAUUUGCAAGGAGCCCCUUUCAAUCAACGUACAAACCUUGGACGGGAUUCCUGCCCACCAGACGGGACAAAAGUUUUCAGUGUAUGACUCUACCAGAGGUUUCGCCUGUGUCAACGCUGAGCAAGGACCUGGUCAGUUCUGCCGAGAUUACGUAGUCCGGUUCACUUGCCCGGAAUCCUUUUGUUCUGGAUGCAAGACCCGUUGGUUUGACCGGGACAAUCCCUCGGGAAAGGGAGACUAUGAGCUCCUUUUCAAUCUGCGGAGUGAAUAUCCUGACAAGAUCUGCAGUGAGCCCCUUGCAAUGAAUGUUCAGACCGUGGACGGGAUUCCUGCCCAGCAGAUAGGGCAAAGAUUUUCAGUGUUUGAUCCCCUCAAGGGAUUUGCUUGUGUCAAUGAUGAACAGGAAGGUGCCAGCAAAUACUGUCGAGACUACAAGGUUCAGUUCACUUGUCCAAAGACUUUCUGUUAAGUUCAGCUGAAGAUUGCCCUAGAAAAGUGCUGUGGCCGGAACGGAAAUGCCAGAAGGCUGUCAACAGAGAGACCAUCUCAAGUUCCCUUUUAAGUGUCACAUGGAUCAAAACUGCGUCACACCAUGCAUUCAGUGUUGAAAAAGAAAGGGAAAAGCAGCUUAGAUUUGAAAACGGCAGACAGAUAAAAGUGUAAAACAAAAUAAAUGCAUCAUAUAAGUUGGACAAAUACA